UUUCUUCCCCCACCGGCUGCUCUCGGGGCGUUGGAGCGAGGCGCUGCAAUUUACGGGGGUCGUUGCAGCAGCAGGGAAUUUGUGAUCAGGACAAUCGCGUUAAAUGCAUCUUGCCUCCCCCGGGACCUUUUAUAAAGUUGAUCGAGAAACCUUUGCAUUCUUUCUUUAGUUCUGCUUGAAAAACAAAUGACUUCCAAGCGCCUCCUCGACGAGUCUGCAGGCGGUGUGAGAGUCAGUAGCGCCGCAGUUCAAGCCGGUAACGUCGCGCUUACAGGGCACUGCAUCAGAUACGGCGGCGGUGUCACGGCCAUGGACUGCGGAAUAACGUCGGCGAGAAGGAAAGGACCCAUGACGGUAGAUGGGUUCGACACGAAAAUGCUGGACAAGGGCUCUCUGCAAGAUCCUGGCAAAGCAAAUCCUCUCGGCGGAAAUCACUUCGCCUCUGGAAGAGAGAAGCACCACAAUAAGAAGAAGAUGGGCUGUGCCGGUGAGGAGGACGAGAGAGAAGUGCCCCCUGCUGUGGUCCUGAAGAGAGGCAGUCCCACACACCGCCAGACCCUGAACGGGCAGAGGCAAGAGAACCAUGUGCACUUGGAGUGCGUGGCGUUAUUGCGGAGGAGCCAGGAGCCGAGGUGCCGACCACCGUCACGCGUUGCAGACCCCUCCCCCGACGAGCUCCAUGCAUCCUCCCACAUCCCCGUUCCUCGCAACAGAAAUCCCUCGGGCCAUGCUGAUAAAGAGGUGAUGGCGGCCACCGUCCUGAGCACUCUGUCCACCAGCCCCCUGGUGCUCAAUGCCAGUUCUGGAGCCUCAGGUUCAGUUCCAGAAGCGGCCAGCAGAGGGUGGAAGGAGAGCUUAUCGGCUAGCUACAGCAGCUCCACCAGCGGCAACUGGAGCUGGGACGCCAGCGACCAGUCGGUGCCCUCCACGCCGUCCCCGCCCCUUUCCAAUGAUGUCAUCAAGAGCUUCUUGCUCUCCUCGCAGGGGGAGGACAGCAUCGAGGAAGCUGAGAGCACGCACUUCCCGUUUGAGGACCCCAUCCCCCGGAAACGAAAGAACUCCAUGAAGGUGAUGUUCAAGUGUUUGUGGAAGAACUGUGACAAGGUGCUCAGCACCUCCUCAGGAAUCCAGAGGCACAUUCGCACCAUGCAUCUGGGGCGGAACGGCGAUUCCGACCUCAGUGACGGUGAGGAGGAUUUCUACUACUCCGAGAUCGAGGUGAACGUGGACACUCUGUCCGAAGGCCUCUCCAACCUCACGCCCACUUCCCCCACCACUGCCGGACCGCCCCCUGUCUUCCCCCUAGCCAGUGACGUGCCGCGAUCGGAGCCUGCCCACAUGAGCCCGCUCAGCCAAUCGGCACCCUCCACACUGUGCCACAUCCGCACUGACCACGCCUAUCAGGCCACUGCUCCCGUCAACAUUCCCAGCGUGUCCUCGGAGCUACCCCACAGCCAGAGUGCCAUCAGCGUCUCCUGGCAGUCGCCUCCGGUCAUCUUUAAAGGCCCUCCGGGCGCAGUGACCCAUAUCCGCACCGUAAGCAAUGGGGAGAAGAGGCAGCCGGCCACACACACCCCCAUCGGCAAGACACACGCCACCAACAUGUCAACACCUAAACCUACCACUGGAACCAGGUAUAGCCUGAAACCCCGUGGGGAGGCCAAGAAGUGUCGCAAGGUGUAUGGGAUGGAGAAGAAAGAUUUGUGGUGUACGGCAUGUCGCUGGAAGAAAGCCUGCCAGCGCUUCACUGACUGAGCUUUUCCUUUCUAGCCAAAUGGACUCUUCCAACACCAGUGUUUCACUGAUUCUUAUCUCACCCCCCCCCCACCCCCCCCAAGUGCCCCAGAAUGGACUCUUCCUUGCAGCGGAGCCACGGAAGGGGUGAGGUAAGGGGCUUUUCUGGGAUGUGGCCAUUUCAGGGGGUACUGUGUGGCCUCCUCACCACAGCCAACAGUGGAACACAUUUCACUCUAAUAAAACCUGCAAAAAAAAAUAACAACAGAAAAAAAAGAUAAAAACAAGAAAAAAGGAAAACGUUGCAGAAAAACAGAAUAUAUUGGCUUUCGCAGCACUACUCUGAGGCAAGACCUUUUUUUCUUUAUAAAUCAAGGGGAAAAAAUCAGAAAAACAGUUGAUUCAGAAGUUUAAGAUCCUUUUUUUCGUAUGUUGCAUGUAUUCAUUGGAUGGAGGCAGUUAAAGAUUUCUCAAUGACUUAUGAGUGUGGCAGACUUUAUAUAAUUCUUUCUGGGCGAACAAUGUAAGCUAUUUUUGUACUAAGCUGUUUUUGAGCAGUUUGGCCUUGUUACCUUUGGUUUAACCUCUGAAAUCGCUCCGAACCAGCGGCAGGUUUACUUGGAUAGCCUUCUUCAGAACCGUCUCUCUCUUUCUUACGCAAACUUUGUUUUUAACCAAAGGAAUCAGUCUCUCUGAGCACAGGUCCAGGAUUUUUGUCUUUCUGGACGUUGUUCUUUAUUGUAUUUUACCUGACAAAAACCGAUUUACACGAACUCGUUGUAUUGAAUCUUACCAAGAUCACAGCUAUCAUGUCAUGGGGAGCAGAUAAUGCAUGCACACACGCUUUAUAGCUUUAAGCACGACAUGGAAAUAGCCUUGUGGGUUUUUUUUCCCAAUCUUGCUUCAGCAAACCCUCAAAUCAGUAUACUUAGUAUUUUACUCAGUCUUGACACCUCCAAACGGAUAUGCACCUUUUUUGGAGUGCUCUCACUCCAACACAAGUUUGCUAUGAUGUCGAAAUGUGAAUCUCAGUGCUCCUGAACGCCUGGCUCAUUUUCUGAUGGAUUUUGCACCAGCCAUUUAGUUCUUGUAACAUGAAGAGAAAAUCUAGAUUUUGACUUUUUUUUCCCCCCUUUCUUUGAUAAAUGGGUAUUUUUGUAUCGAUCCGCAGUAUUACUUUAUUCAAUGCGCUCAAUUUCGCUGCCCGUUCGAUGCUUACAGGUGUCGCUCGUCCUGGGAAUCGGAUUCCGGGGAACGUGCGCGUCGGUCCGCUGCGGACCGAACCUCGUGCACUUUUUUUGGGGUGGGGUGGGGUGGG